CUUGAACCAAACAAAGAUUUGGCAUCGGUUUGGAUCAUGCUGUGAUCGAUUGGAUUAAUUAUUGACACUUAAUUAUUUAUAAGUGAUUAGAGCUGCAUGAAAAGCGUCGUUUCCUAUUAACUUGCUCAGUUACUGUCUUGGCGCACUUGGUCUCGACACUCGAAUAAAAUUCUUCGUGCUCAUUGCUUAUUGGAAGUUGUUGAUAUACUACGGGUGAUCGCCAGGAGUUGUAUUAACAAUUAUGAAUCGUGAUUUGACUAUCAUAACUCUACAAAUAAUGGUGUUCUUUGUCUUAGCAAUGUCUGGCAGUCUUUCGAUGACAGCCACAUCCACAAGCACUCCUUGCUUUCAAUGCAAAACAGUAUCAACUUGCAUUGCGAUCGUCCUUAAAUGUGAUGGAAUAAAUGACUGUGGGGAUUUUUCCGAUGAAAGAAACUGUUCAUGUGGACCGGGGAAAUUUGUGUGUAAUAAUGGACGAUGUAUAACCAGGUCAUGGUUAUGUGACAAUGACGAUGAUUGUUUCGAUAACUCAGAUGAAAUAAACUGCACAUCUCUGGAAUUUUGCAAGAACAAAGGGGGUUGUGAUCAUUCCUGUAACUUGAUAAAAAAUAAGAACGGAACCCCAACUGGGAAAAAAUGUAGUUGCCGAAAAGGAUAUUAUUUACGGAGUGAUAGAAAAUCGUGCGUUGACAUCGAUGAAUGCACGAAAAAAGGGAUUUGUGAAGGAAAUUGCGUUAACACAGUGGGAAGUUACGAAUGUCAAUGUGGGUCUGGAUUCAUCAAGGGAAUUGUUAAGAAUACUUGCAAAGAUAUAAAUGAAUGCGACACAAAGGUCGAUGGCUGUGAGCAUCUGUGUCACAACACAUACGGAAGUUACUAUUGCUCAUGCAAAAAAGGAUACGUUCAAUCCGACAUGAAUCCUAAACAUUGCAACGAUUUUGAUGAAUGUGCUUUAGGCGUUGCAAAUUGUCAUUAUUGUUUAAAUGCAGCUGGAGGGUUCAAAUGCAACUGUGAUGCAGGUUAUGUUACGACUGCCAACAAAACAGCGUGUCGCGAUAUUAACGAGUGCUCCAAAAAUAAUGGCGGAUGUCAACAUAUUUGUCAAAACUCGCCUGGAAGUUAUACAUGCCGCUGUAAGCCAGGAUUUGAGGCUAAAUCGAUAGGAUCGAAAGAAUGUAUUGACAUAAACGAAUGCAAACAAAACAAUGGCAAAGGGCCAUGCGAACAUAAUUGUAAAAACGAAAAUGGAAAACACACUUGUUCGUGCAACGAAGGUUUUAAACUCAGUAGAGAUGGCCAUUCUUGUGAGGAUAUUGAUGAAUGCCGAACUAAAGAAAUAUGUGAUCAUAUAUGUGUUAACACAAGAGGAGGAUAUUACUGUGACUGUAGGAAUGGUUUCUUCUUAGCCAAAGAUGGAAAGAAGUGCGACGACACAGAAGAUUUUUCAGAAUGUGGUGUGAAGGAUACGAUGAUAGAAGAAACAAGGCGUUGGACUGAUACCAACAAUGAUGAUUGGCCUUGGAUUGUUCGUUUCACUUCGAUCCUGGAGAGUUGGUUUCGACAAGAAACGAACAAAUGGGGCGUUUUGGGUAUAAUUCUUAGCGACAAGUGGGUGCUAACAACAAGUCAUUCACUUCCGAAAGGUGGUUCGUACAGGGUUCACACAAACAACGGUGCUACGGCCGACGUCGCUGAGGUUAUUCCGUAUUCGUCUUGUAAGCCAAAGAUAGCUCACUGCAAAAACGACAUCGCCCUCGCCAAAUUAACAAGACCGAUUAAAUUCGCGGAGAACGUUCGGCCCAUAUGCAUUCCAGGUCGUACGAAGCAACGGAGCUUUCUACAGAAUCGAAGCGAGCCAGCCAUGAUCCUGUCAAACCUUGGUUUCAAUGGCUUACAAAAGAGAACUGUUCAGGUUGGCACGUCAGCAUCUUGCACACACUAUAGUUUUUCCAAUCACAUGAUUUGUGCUGGUGGUGAACGUGGUUCUUGUGCAGGCGAUAGUGGCUCGCCACUGAUGUUCUCAAGAAGUGAGCUCAAUAGGAUAAACCAAGGCAAGAUACAGUCAAAAAAUAUCACGUAUCUUAGUGGCGUGUUGAGCUGGGGCAACGAUAUACUGCAUGGUGCUGACCGCUUUGAUUUUGAUUUCGACGAAUGCAAUUCGGAUCCACAAUUCCUUGCGUACACAAAUAUUGUCAGAUAUCUUAAAUGGAUCCAAGAUGAAACAGGAAUCGUACCUCGCACAUGAACGGCUCUCACAGAUAUCUAGAAUACACAAGCAAGUAGUUUCGUCGAGGAAGAUUAUCAAGCAAAAUUUGCUCGUCCGAAAAAAGUUUAGUGCGUAAUAAAACAAGACCACUUAGCUAAUCAAUAUCGUCCUAUAUAUACAACGUGUAAUAAUUAAAUAAGUUUUUACUAUAUGACAUGGUACAAUUAUAGCCUACAUAACUUAAUACUCAUAAAAGUACGCAUAAAAGUACGUGUAAAGUGUCAAUUUGCAUAACAGUACGUGUAAAGUGUCAAAUUAGGCCUGCUACAAUUAACACUAAUUAGGUGAUAUUUUUUUCACUAAUAUUUUAAUUUAUAAAAUUAACCAAUCUGUUGGGGUUCCAAAUUAUAUAUAUGCUACAAAUCUGCUGUCACUUCUAAUUAGAGGUGUAUUAGUGAGACAGGCCCAUGCACGUAUUUCCAACAUGGACAUGUAUAGAAGAAACUUUAAAUGUAAACACAGAAGAAUCACUAAGAUACGAUUGUGGCAAUUAAGAGUUCCAAUUUCCAAUACUAUUUGUAGCCCAAUAUGUUUCCUUUAAUUAGUUUAUUCACUUUUGAAUCUAGCCUUGCGUGCAGUCGUGAAUAAAAUAUUUGCUUACUAUGCUGCAUGCAUGGCACUUACUUUAUCGUUAUCCUGAAACAGGCGGUAGCAAAUCUAAUCCCCAGGGUCCGGUUGUAUGUAGCCCGUUUUACGGUGGAUAAGCCAAAAUUAAAUACCACUUUUAAGGUCUGUUCACACGAUCCAAUUCACUUCUGACGUAUGGAAUAUAGUCGGUUAUUAAUAAAGCAAUAGUGCUGCAUUGGCUUCAGUGGAUUUGCUGCUCAUAUACAUUACGAGACAGCAGACUAUAAAACAUCCAUCAGAAGUGAAUUGGAUUCGUGUGAACAGACCUUUACAUCUCUCUUGAAUGAGUCAACUUGAAUAUUAUGCACUGAAUAUGAAGUUGUAAACAGUAUCUUUGUAUUAAGGUCAAAAACAUAUAGUUCGUUUGUUGGAUAAACGUU